AUGGCGUCCCCCUUCCCGGUGGCUUUGCCAGUGUCCCAGACACGGGCCCACAAUGACUCGGCUUCUGUCCUCAUGAAGGUCACUACCGAAACCGCUCGCAAGAACGAAAAAGUUCUACCAAAGGAUGGCGAGCCCAACAUCCUUGUCACUUCUGCGCUGCCUUACGUCAACAAUGUCCCACAUCUCGGCAACAUCAUCGGCUCCACGCUGAGUGCCGAUGUCUACGCUCGUUACUCCAGAACAAGGAAUCGUAACACGCUCUACAUCUGCGGCACAGACGAAUACGGUACUGCCACCGAGACAAAGGCCUUGGAAGAUGGUGUCACGCCUCAGGAGCUCUGCGACAAGUACCACGCACAGCAUGCUCAGGUCUACGAGUGGUUCCAGAUUGGCUUUGAUCAUUUUGGUCGCACCACCACACCCAAGCAGACCGAAAUUGCCCAGGACGUCUUCUUGAAAUUGUACAAGAACGGCUACCUCGAGGAGCGCACCAUGACCCAGCUCUUCUGCCAAAAGUGCGUCCGCUUCCUCGCCGACCGAUACGUAGAGGGAGAAUGCCCGCGUUGUGGAUACGACGACGCGCGAGGAGACCAGUGUGACAAGUGCGGUCAGUUGUAUGAUGCUGUCGAACUUGUUAAGCCCCGCUGCAAGCUCUGUUCGUCGCCUCCCGUCCAGAAGGACUCUUCGCACAUGUUUAUCCGGAUCGACGAGCUGCAACCAUUGACCGAAAAGUGGGCUAGGGAGCAGGCGCAGAAGGGAGGUUGGAGCUCCAACGGUAAGCUCAUCACCGAGAGCUGGUUCAAGGAGGGUCUCAAGCCUUUCAGUUUGACGCGUGAUCUCAAAUGGGGUGUUCCCGUCCCCAUCAAGGGUAUGGAGGACAAGGUGCUCUACGUGUGGUUCGACGCUCCUAUCGGCUACCCAAGCAUCACCGCCAACUACACGGACGACUGGGAGAAAUGGUGGAAGAAUCCUGACAAUGUCAAGCUUUACCAGUUCAUGGGCAAAGACAAUGUUCGUUUCCACACCGUGAUUUUCCCGUCCUGUCUGAUCGGAAGCAAGGAUCCCUACACGCUGCUUCACCAUAUCAACACCACCGAGUAUCUGCAGUACGAAGGCGGCAAGUUUUCCAAGUCGAGGAACAUUGGUGUUUUUGGUGACAAGGCUCGUGAUCUUGGUUUGUCAGCCUCAGUGUGGCGCUACUAUUUGCUGGCCAACCGCCCGGAGACGGCCGACAGUCAGUUUGCAUGGCGCGACUUCAUCGCUCGCAAUAACUCGGAGCUGUUGGCUAAUCUGGGCAACUUCUGCAAUCGUGUGUUGACUUUCAUGAAGAAGUACGACUAUGUGAUACCCGCUAUCCCUUCCGACUCGAAGUUGCGAAGCUACAAGGAUGGGCCGGUGGCGGCGGCCGCUGAGGGAGCGGAUGAUGCCUCGUCGAGCGUCAUUUCUCGCUUCGCUCGAGAUGUCAACUUGAUCCUGGGUCAGUACAUUUCGUCCAUGGAGGCGGUCAAGAUUCGAUCGGGUUUGCAGCAUAUGAUGGCGCUCUCUGCGCGCGGCAACCUUUUCCUGGUCGAAUCGCACUUUGACAACACGCUCUUCACCGAAUCUCGCGCUCGCUGCGACGAGGUGAUGAUCGUAGCGCUCAAUCUUAUCUGGCUGCUCUCGGCGCUGAUCCACCCGUUCAUGCCCGAGACGUCGGACGCGAUCCUCAAGCAGCUCGAUGCGCCACCUCGCGCUGUCCCCGAGGACGGAAAGUUCUACCUCGACCUGUUACCGGGACACAAGAUUGGCGUCGCCUCGCACCUGUUCAAACAGAUCGAUCCGAAGCAGGAAGACAUCUGGCGCGUCCAAUUCGGCGGUGGUGCCGAUGGUACAAAGCAAGAGGAAGCUCCGAAAUUGAGCAAAAAACAAGCGAUGAAGGCGGCGAAAGCUGCCAAGAAGCAAUUGGAAGCUAGCAAACCGCAAGUAAAGAACAAGACGCCGGAGCUAAUCGAGUUGGAAGGCAAAGUAGCAGCGGAAGGCGAAACGCUGAAGCAAUUGAAGGAAGGUGUCAAGAAGGCUAGUGAGGCGGAGGAUAAGGCGCAGUUGGAAAAGCAGGUCGAGGCUCAGUUGGCGAGCUAUCUGGUGUUGAAGAAGCAGAUGGAGGAGUUGACUGCGCAGUUGGCCAAGUUAGAGGUUGACGGAGCGACUGCAUAG